UCCAGCGCGCAGGGGGACGGGCACGCGGCGGGAGCGCGCGCAGAUGAUCGCACGCGCUGAUUCCGUGCGCCACGGUCCGGCUGAGAGGAGGAUGGAGAGGCGCUCCGCGGAGGCAGCGCGCGCCUGAUACCUGCACACACCUUCAGCAUCAUCAGCAUCAGCUGCCGGGAUUAACUCUGCUUCUACUGGCGCGCGCGUUUUUUAGGUGAGGAGAAGAUGAGCGAUAUCUACGAGUCGGCCGCCACCUCGCUGGGGCUCUUCAGCAGCCCCUGCCUGACCAAGGUGGAACUGCGGGUCACCUGUAAGGGUAUUUCAGACCGGGACGCCCUGUCCAAACCCGACCCCUGCGUGAUUAUCAAGAUGCAGUCGCACGGGCAGUGGCUGGAGGUGGACCGGACGGAGGUGAUCCGGAGCUGCUGUAAUCCCACCUUCUCUAAAGUCUUCACUCUGGAUUAUUAUUUUGAGGAAGUUCAGCGGCUUCGCUACGAGCUCUACGACAUGAACAGCAGCCACAACGGCAUGAGGGAGGCCGACUGCCUGGGAGCCGUGGAGUGCACACUCGGCCAGAUCGUCUCCCAGAGAAAACUCUGCAGAGCUCUCCUCAAACAGAGCAACACCGUGGGGAAGUCCACCAUCACGAUCACGGCUGAGGAACUGACGGGGAACGAUGACUACGUGGAGCUCUCCUUCAGUGCCAGGAAACUGGACGAUAAGGACUUCUUCAGCAAGUCAGAUCCUUUUUUAGAAAUCUACAGAGUGAACGACGACGGAACCCAACAACUCGUCUACAGAACCGAGACUGUGAUGAAUAAUCUGAACCCUGUGUGGAAAACCUUCAAAACCUCCCUGAACUGCCUCUGCAGUGGAGACCACGAGAGAAUACUGAAGUGCACUGUGUGGGAUUGGGACUCGAAUGGGAAGCAUGAUUUUAUAGGCGAGUUUGAAGCUACCUUCAAAGAGAUGCGAGGAGCGAUCGACGGAAAACAGGUCCAGUGGGAGUGCAUCAACCCCAAGUACAAAACCAAGAAGAAGAACUACAGGAACUCUGGGAUCGUGAUUCUGAACCAGUGUAAGAUAAUUAAGAUGCACUCCUUCCUGGACUACAUUAUGGGGGGUUGCCAGAUCCAGUUCACUGUAGCGAUAGAUUUCACAGCGUCUAACGGGGACCCUCGUAACAGCUGCUCUCUGCACUACAUCCACCCGUAUCAACCUAACGAGUACCUGAAAGCUCUAGUCGCCGUCGGAGAGAUCUGCCAGGAUUACGACAGUGAUAAGAUGUUUCCGGCGCUGGGGUUCGGGGCUCGGAUACCUCCAGAUUUUAAGGUUUCUCAUGAUUUUGCUGUGAACUUCAACGAUGAUAAUCCUGAGUGUGCAGGUAUCCAGGGCGUGGUGGAAGCCUACCAGAACUGCCUUCCUAAAAUCCAGCUGUACGGCCCCACCAACAUCGCCCCCAUCAUCCAGAAAGUAGCUAACUCCGCCUCCGAGGAGGAGCACACCCGAGAGGCCAUGCAGUACUUCAUCCUCCUGAUCCUGACGGACGGCGUGAUUACGGACAUGGCCGACACGCGAGAGGCCAUCGUCCACGCCUCCCACCUGCCCAUGUCCAUCAUCAUCGUCGGCGUGGGAAACGCGGACUUCACCGACAUGCAGAUUCUAGACGGCGAUGACGGAAUCCUGCGCUCGCCGAAAGGAGAACCGGUUCUGAGGGACAUCGUACAGUUCGUACCCUUCCGCAACUUCAAACACGCUUCUCCCGCCGCUCUGGCCAAAAGUGUCUUAGCCGAAGUCCCGAGUCAGGUGGUGGAUUACUACAACAGCAAGGGCAUCAAACCCAAGGUUCCCACAGAGUUCGAGGCCCCGAGGACGCUGGGCCACUGAGGCGCUACGCUCGGGCUAACGAGCGCACUGCCCGCCUCCGACAGCACGCUACCGUCCUUCCUGCCGCCUCACUUCCUGUUUCCUUCCUUCGUUUGCAUGUGUGGGUGUGUGACGCUCGUAUAGUGACAGCAGUACUGUGCCAAUCAGCCAAUCAAGCGUCCACAAGCAUGUUCUGACUGGGAGUUAUGGAAAAGUAUAUAUGUAGAGAGAGCAUCUAAUGGAUUUUAGUUCCCUUCGGUUCUGUUUUUUAUAUAUAAAUAAAUCAAUCUAAAAGUUUAUUGAGAUUUUGCUAAAUUUCUUAAUAUUCUUACAUUGUAAAGCAUUUUGGAUCCCGGGAAUGAUUAGCUACCUGUGUUAGAUACUGAAUGUCUGCACCCUGACUGGUCCUGAUGCAGAUGAGACUUAUGCAUGAGUGUAUUUUGCAUGUUGUUAUAAUGAAUAAACCGAACCCUGCUUUUUU